UGUGCCACAGACAGCAAACAGCACACAGCACACUGAUAAUUUCCAUGUGGAGAUGAAGACUUUCUUGGCCUUACUGUUACUCUGCUGUCUGUGCAGAGCACAGAAAGACAGCAGUGGCAACAAUGUCCUGCUUCAAGCUCCUAAUGUAGACAGCAAGGAAGGGGUGGCUGAGACACAAGAGCCCAGGACGGAGGCUGAAGUUCAGGCAGACAUCUGGGCUGAGCUGAGGGAUCUGAGAGACAUGGUGGUGGAGCAGAAAGUAGAGCUGAGGCACCUGACGGCCAGAGUAACAGCUGCUGAGAGCCAGGUGGAGGCCUUGCAGAAGGAGAAUACAGCCAUGGAGGCAAGGAUGACCGCUGCUGAGAGCUUGGCAGAGGAACUGCAGAUGGAGAAUGAUGCUCAAGCUACUGAGCUUGCAGUUGCUCAGGAGACGCUCAGCACUCUGCAGCAAAGGGUGACAGUCAGUGAACACCGUGUGGAGGAGCUGGAGAAACAGCAGGAAGGACAAAAGGAAGCAGUGCAGGAGCUUCAAAAUACCAACAGAGUGAGACAGGUGGCUUUUUCUGCCUCCCUUCUGGCUUCUGGUGAAGGUAACACAGACCACGCUGAACAAGUUCAGCUUAUCUACGAAAAUGUCAUUAGCAACAUUGGAAACUGCUACAACCAACACACAGGUUACUUUACUGCAGCAGUAAGAGGAGUGUAUUACUUCAGAUUUACUGGCCAUAUAGCACACUCCGAUAGGGCAAUGGCAUUGUCAAUCAACAAGAAUGGACAUGUCAUAGUCACCUCAGCUGACCGUCACACCACAUCUGAAGAUCCUGAGGACAAUGUAUCCAAUGGUGUAGUGUUACAGUUAGAAGUGAAAGAUGUUGUAUCAGUAAACAUGGUGGGAAGAGUUUGGGAUGACCACCACCACAGAACAACUUUUACUGGCUUUCUGCUCUUUCCUUUGUAAGUUAUUACAACUGCAAACAUGAGACCUACAUGCAGGGUCCAAGUGUCCUAAUAUGAACAACAAAAAGUCAAUAUUUCAUUUUUGUGUAACAUAAAACCAGGUUUAUGAAGAUAAACAGAUGAUUUCAUGUCUCAAAACUAAUAAAAAUCAUUCACCGACUUGUAAUUCCAAGACAUCCAAAAAAGGAAAUGAUACAAAAAUGACACAAUUACACAUAAACAUACAGAUUAAGCACAUCUGUCUGUGAAAAUUAGUUAGAUGAUUUAUCCUUGAAUGUAAUCAAUAAAAAAAAAAUUAAGCUAUAAAUUAACUGGUACAGCCAUUAAAAGGAGGCUACAAUAGGCUGAAAUGGUCAUUGAAUGACUUAUACUUAAAUGUACAUUAUAAACCCAUGUGUCUCAGAGGAUGCUUGUGUACUAAGGGGAAUGUAUUUCAUGUAUCGAAACUAUGAUAAAAAUCUGUGUAAACUCACUGCUCCUGUUGAGCAUAAUGCAGAAAACAGCAGCAGCACCACUGGCCGACACCAAACAGUGUUGGUGUUCUUGUUUUAGCACAGUUAACAUACAAACAUUUCAAGUAAUGACAUAACACAAAGCCUUUUGUUUUCAUAAAGCACACACUUUAUUGUUUGACAGUUUGUUUGCUCAUUUGAGUGCAUGCAUUCUGGUUAACAUACUUGUUCUUAUUUGCCUUAAAUCAUGUUUAACCUUUAUUCUUUUUCAUGGGCUCAAAUUAAGUUGUAAAUAAAUCAUUAUUUUUGCUUUCA